AUGUCGCAGGUAGAUCGAACAGGGAAUAUCCUCUUAACCCAUCCCGGCCAGGAUGAUUCACUAUCAGCAAUAGCCCUCAUAUUCCCGCUGAGUGGCGAUACAUCCAAAAACGACUCCAUGCCAACUAUCCGCGUGUUUGAAGAUCUGUUGAGCAGUCAGAUAGCUUGUGAUAUCACCCUUGUGCUUUGGGUGGCUCAGGACUACGUUGGGAAAGAAGACGAUCUAUUGCCGAGGAUAACUCGAUCAGGAAUUCAGGACCUACUUUCAUUUUCUGCGAUGCUACAAUUUUCCGAGAUUGAUAAGGAAAGCGAUACAGACAAUAUCCGGCUCCACGGGAGUCCUGUGCUAGUUAGUAAAGCACAGGAGAACUUGAGUGCGGAUCCGGGAAGCAUGAGAGGAGCAAAUGUUUGCGUGGUGGAGGAUAGGGCGGCACGGAUACCAUUUUUACAGCUUCAAUGUAUCAAGACAAUCGAGUUGGGCGUCUCUCUGGUGAAGGCUUACAGUGACUAUAUCGUGGAUUUGUUUGAUAAUUUUGACUGA